AUUAGAAUUAAAAGUAAACCCCGGUUUUCGGAGUUUGCUGCCUGUUACACAAUCAAUCAAUCAAGAAGAUGGGAUUGUGUAACAGCACGAUUGGAGAUUCAGAAAGGGUCAAUCGGUGGAGAUUAACAGGCAUUGUUGCCCUCAGAGAUUGCAAAUUAAAGAUAUUUCCAAACCAAGUUUUUGAGUUGGAGGCUUCUGUACGAACUCUCGACUUGACAAACAACAAAAUAGAUGACGUUCCAAAGGAAAUCGAUAAAUUAAUUAACAUCCAAAGACUGAUUUUAGCUGAUAAUCAUAUCGAGCGCCUCCCAGUGAAUUUGGGGAAACUCGAGUCUCUAAAAAUGCUUACCCUGGACGGGAAUCGGUUAACCUCCUUGCCGGAUGAAUUGGCAUUUUUGAGAAAGCUUGAGCAACUCUCAGUCUCCCGGAAUCUACUAACAAGCUUGCCUGAAACUAUAGGAAGAUUGCGCUAUUUGAAGUUGUUAAAUAUAUCACAUAACAAGUUAGAGUCUCUACCAGAUUCAAUUGGGGGUUGCUUCUCAUUGGAAGAAUUACAAGCAAAUGACAAUUCUAUUAAACAUCUGCCGCUGUCUAUUUGCAACCUCAACUGCUUAAAGUCACUCUGCAUGGACAAUAACAAUGUUUCUCAGAUACCUCAGAAUUUAUUGAAAGACUGCAAAGCGUUGCAGAGCAUUUCUCUUCAUGGCAAUCCCAUCUCAAUGGAUCAGUAUCAACAGAUGGAAGGAUUCCAAGAUUUUGAAGAAAGGAGGAAAAAAAAGUUCGACAAGCUUAUUGACUCAAAUGUUAUGAUCAGUUCUAAGGGACUUGACGAGGGUAUUGAUUUGUAAAUUGCAUACUUUAAUUCCAAAAAGAAGAAUCUGUAUCUCUAUUGGAUGUGCGUAAUGCAAAAUGGGAAUUGUUUUCCAGAGCUGGGGUUUUUUGUGAAGUUCAACAUUAGCCACCUUCCUAGAAUUGUACAUCGUGCAUUGUUGUUGUAUAUCUGUUGAUUUGGCCCUAUUUAAUGAAAUCUGUAUUUGUAAUUCUUUUGUAAGAAUCAUUCUUCCCCUCCAUAAGUGUAAAAAUGUAAAAAUCAGACUGCGUCACGGCUAUGGUUAUGACAUCUGGAGCCAUAAAAAAUGUAGUAUCAUCAAUAUUCAAUUGUUUGUAAAACGUUUCUGAAAUGUCAAGUUAAAUUUGGGGAGUUCCAGCA